CGCCGCUCCCGCUGCAUCACAGAGACCGGAGCACCACCAGAUGGCGGUUUAGGAUUGCUGCUCUUCUCUCAAGGCGCGGUUCCGCUCGCACGGACAAUUUUCAAUAUUAAAAAACGCACCUUAUUAAAACAAAAAUUGCUUUAUUGUUCCGGAAGGAGGUAAUGGGCUCGGAGAUGGUCGUAAAAGGAGCUGGAGAGAGUUAAGUGCAGUGACUCCUGGAACUUGCCCAGACACUUCCCCACUGCCCCGUCCCGUACCUCCAGACGUGGACUCGUCCUGUCCCGUCCUGCCCCGUCCUGUCCCUCCAGUCGUGGAGUCAACACAUACAGUAAUAUUGCAUCGUCAACAACCAAUCGAGCGAGAUGAUCACCUCAGAACUACCCGUGCUACAGGACUCGUCUAAUGAGUCGGGAGCCACAGACGCCGUGAGUCUGAGCAUGAGCAUGAGCGAGAUCGAAGACCCGGAGGUGAAAGGCAGAAAGAAGAGAGGACGACCCGGGAAACAAGCACAGGUGUCUAAUAAAAAACCCAGGAGAUCUCCGACUGAUAAGACCAUGAGUAUGUCCAGGGGGCGGGGCAAAGCCAAUGGAGUUGCCCAACACAACGGGGACAACGCAGAUCCCGUCACGCUGUUUGAGGUGGUCAAAGUGGGAAAGAGCGCCAUGCAGUGUGUGGUGGACGACUGGAUCGAGUCGUAUAAACAGGACAGAGACAUGGCUCUUCUCGACCUCAUCAACUUUUUCAUUCAGUGUUCAGGUUGCAAAGGCACCGUACGGAUCGAGAUGUUCAGAAAUAUGCAAAACGCUGAGAUCAUUCGCAAGAUGACUGAGGAGUUUGAUGAGGACAGUGGCGAUUACCCCCUGACGAUGCCUGGUCCCAUGUGGAAGAAGUUUCGUUAUAAUUUCUGUGAGUUUAUCGCGGUCCUGAUUCGCCAGUGUCAGUACAGCAUCAUCUACGACGAGUACAUGAUGGACACCGUGAUCUCGCUGCUCACUGGACUCUCAGACUCCCAGGUCCGAGCUUUCAGACACACCUCCACACUCGCAGCCAUGAAACUGAUGACGGCUUUGGUGAACGUGGCGCUGAACCUGAGCAUCCAUCAGGACAACACUCAGAGACAGUACGAGGCCGAGAGGAACAAGAUCGCGGGGAAACGAGCCAAUGAGAAGCUCGAGCUGCUGCUGCAAAAGAGGAAGGAGCUUCAAGAAAACCAAGAUGAAAUAGAAAACAUGAUGAACUCAAUUUUCAAGGGUAUCUUUGUGCAUCGCUACAGGGACGCCAUUGCAGAAAUCCGUGCCAUUUGUAUUGAAGAAAUCGGAGUUUGGAUGAAGAUGUACAGUGAUGCCUUUCUAAAUGACAGUUAUUUAAAGUACGUGGGUUGGACACUACAUGAUCGGCAAGGAGAGGUGCGUCUGAAGUGCCUGAAGGCUUUGCAAAACCUUUAUACAAACAGAGAACUAUUUCCUAAACUUGAGCUUUUCACAAAUCGAUUUAAGGAUCGUAUAGUGUCCAUGACUCUGGAUAAGGAGUAUGAUGUAGCUGUGGAGGCAAUCAGACUGGUCACUCUUAUUUUACAGGGCAGUGAAGACGCCUUGUCGAAUGAGGACUGUGAAAAUGUGUACCACUUGGUUUACUCUGCACAUCGACCUGUGGCUGUCGCUGCUGGAGAGUUUCUGCACAGAAAAUUGUUUAGUCGUCAUGACCCUCAGGCUGAAGAAGCUCUGGCCAAACGAAGAGGGAGGAGCAGUCCCAAUGGAAACCUCAUCCGCAUGUUGGUGCUCUUCUUCCUGGAGAGUGAGCUCCAUGAACAUGCGGCGUACCUAGUGGACUCGCUGUGGGAGAGUUCUCAGGAGCUGCUCAAAGACUGGGAGUGUAUGACCGAACUGCUGCUGGAGGAGCCUGUGCAGGGAGAGGAGGUGUUAUCAGACAGACAGGAGAGUGCCCUGAUUGAACUCACAGUGUGCACAAUUCGACAGGCUGCAGAAGCACACCCCCCGGUCGGCCGCGGGACGGGCAAACGGGUGCUGACGGCGAAGGAGAGGAAGACGCAGAUAGAUGAUAAAAAUAAACUGACGGAGCAUUUCAUCAUGGCGUUACCGAUGCUUUUGUCCAAGUACCAGGCCGACUCAGAGAAAGUGGCGAACCUCCUUCAGAUCCCUCAGUUCUUUGACUUGGACGUGUACAGCGCCGGUCGAAUGGAGAAACAUCUGGAUGCCCUGUUGAAGCAGAUCCGGCUGGUGGUGGAGAAGCACAUAGAGACGGACGUGUUGGAGGCCUGCAGUAAAACCUACAGCAUCCUGUGCUCCGAGGAGUACACCAUCAUGAACCGCGUCGACAUCGCACGCUCGCAGCUCAUCGACGAAAUGACUGACCGAUUCGCACAUUCAGUGGAGGAUCUGCUACAGGAGGCUGAGGAGGCUGAUGACGACGACAUCUACAACGUGUUAUCUACUUUAAAGAGACUCACAGCCUUUCAUAAUGCCCAUGACUUGACGCGUUGGGACUUGUUUGGAAACUGUUACCGUCUGCUCAAAGCCGGGAUCGAACAGGGCUCGAUGCCGGAGCAGAUCGCAGUCCAGGCGCUGCAGUGCUCUCACUACUCCAUCCUGUGGCAGCUCGUCAAAAUCACAGAGGGGGCGCCCACCAAGGAUGAUCUGGUGGCCUUGAGGAGAGUGGUGAAGUCGUUCCUGGCCGUGUGUCAACAGUGUCUGUCCAAUGUCAACACUCCAGUCAAAGAACAGGCGUUCAUGCUGCUGUGUGACCUCCUGAUGAUCUUCAGUCAUCAGCUGGUGUCGGGGGGCAGGGAGGGGCUGCAGCCGCUGGUCUUUAACCCCGACAGCACCCUCCAGAACGAGCUGCUCAACUUUGUCCUGGACCACGUCUUCAUCGACCAGGACGACGAGAGCCAGAGCAUGGAGGGAGACGAGGAAGAUGAAGCCAAUAAGAUCGAGGCUCUACACAAAAGAAGAAACCUCCUGGCUGCGUUUUGUAAACUCAUCAUCUACGACAUUGUGGACAUGCCCGCGGCGGCCGACAUCUUCAAACACUACAUGAAGUAUUAUAACGACUACGGAGACAUCAUCAAGGAGACUUUGAGUAAAACCAGGCAGACGGACAAGAUUCUCUGCGCCAAGACGCUCAUCCUCAGUUUGCAGCAGUUGUUCAAUGAGCUGCUGCAGGACCAGGGCCCAAACUUGGACCGUACGUCGUCUCACGUGAGCGGCAUCAAAGAGCUCGCCCGACGCUUCGCCCUCACUUUCGGUCUGGACCAGAUCAAGACCAGAGAAGCUGUGGCCACACUGCACAAGGAUGGGAUAGAGUUUGCCUUCAAGUACCAGAACCCCAGAGGACCAGAGUUUCCCCCGAUAAACCUGGCCUUCCUCGAAGUCCUCAGUGAGUUCUCCUCCAAACUCAUCCGCCAGGACAAAAAGACUGUCCACUCGUACCUGGAGAAGUUCAUGUCGGAGUCGAUGUCAGAGCGGCGGGAGGAUAUCUGGCUUCCUCUGAUCUCGUACAGGAACAGUCUGCUGACGGGAGGAGACGAGGAUCACAUGUCCGUCACCUCCGGCUCCAGCAGCAAACCAGGAUCAGUGCGCAGCAAGAAGGGACGGCCGCCGCUGCAUAAGAAACGUAUAGAGGAGGAGAGCAGUGUGGAGGGCUCUUGGAUGAUGCGUAAUGACACUCUACCAACACCGGGGGCGCUGCAGACUCCUCAGCUCACGUCGACAGUGCUCAGAGAGAACAGACCGGCCGAACACAUGGCAGACCCAGACUCAGAGCCAGGUUCAGAAAACGACUAUGUACACAAUCCUCAGAUGCAGAUGUCGUGGCUCGGACAGCAGAAGAUGGAGGAGGUGAACAGGAAGGACCGAUCAGGAAUGAACUACAUCAAGUCACGCAGCAAUCAAGGCGUGCGGCAGACAGUGCGUGGUUUGAUGGAGGACGACGCCGAGCCGAUCUUUGAGGACGUGAUGAUGUCGUCGAGAGGUCAACUGGAAGACAUGAACGAGGAGUUUGAGGACACUAUGGUGAUCGACCUGCCCCCAUCCAGAAACAGACGCGAAAGAGCGGAGCUAAGACCGGACUUCUUUGAUUCAGCCGCCAUGAUUGAAGAUGAAUCGGGAUUCAGCAUGCAGAUGUUCUGAUUUGAUAAAGCCACAGAGAUAUUAUAAUCAGGAUUCAAAUCAGGACUUUAAUGGUUUUGGGACGUCUGACUGACACCUGUCAAUCAAACUGCUACAAAGAAGAAAAAAACAUUGCUGAAUCUUCUUUCUUUGUUGAUGGACAUUUGUGAAGUUUAUCUAACGUUGGCUGGUUCCUCUCCUCGGAAGGAAAGUAUCCCAUCCACAUUUCAAACUUGGGAUGAUGUGGGAGCCGUGUUCUUGUCUGCUCAGCCUGUUAGCGUGUUAGCAGUUAGCUUUGAAGGCGCUUUUGGUCCACAGUAUUUUCAGCAGUUCCUCCAGCUAAUCGGGUGUACAGUUUUUUUGGGAUUGGACGAUGAACAGUCACUGUACAGAUCCCAGUUUUGGUGUUGCACUUCGAUCCGCCUGGUUCGACAUAGAGGAUCACUACUAAAUGUUGUAUAUCUUUGCUCUUACUAUCCCCACCCAUCUCCCUCUGCCCCUGUCUGUCGCAAGAAGAGUGCAAUAGUGCUGCGUAAAGUCAUAAUUAGGGUUGCACAAUAUAAGACGGAAAAAAAACCAUGGGAGAUUUGAUAACUGUAUACUUGUUGUGAUACUGUAAUGUCUUUGAAGUGAUGGAAAAUUAAGACAAUUUAAAGAAAAAAAAAGUCUAUAUUUUGAAUGAUCAAGUCCAUGAAAGGAAAAGCUGUGUGUAAGGAAUUUUAUGAAUACUAUUUUAGCCUGGGAGGUUUUUAUUAAUGAGUAAAUUGUUUAAAGUCAAAGUUUUUCAAAGAUAUGAUUGGUUGUGUAAUGAAAUAUUAAUCGUAAUUACAAUUAUUACUUCAAUCAGUUGUUAUGCAGUGUUCUCAAAUAUAUGGGCGCUCAUUAUAUGGGUCCAAACUACGGCUCAAGGGCCAAAUGCGGCACUCAGACCAGUUUUUGUUGACCGUCAUGCUUCCUCCUAAACUGGCCCAAUUGAUCAGGAAGUAUUUUUUACUACAAAUUAAAGAGAUUCUACCUCUAUAACCUUAAAAUAGAUGUAAAAAUAAUCUUCCAAGUCUUUUUAAAUGUACAAUGUCUCUGUCAAACCUGUCUUAAAUGCACCAUUUGAUGCCCUCGGUAAAAAGAGUUUGUACACCCUCGCCAUAGACCUUAGUAAAGCAUUGAAUCUACAAUGGCUUUUCAAAUCACGAUUCCCAAAACGUUACUAAGCGUGUUCUUCCUCUACAAGUAAAAUCUUGGCAGUGCAUAAAUCAUAGUUUUUUCAUAAUUUAGCAGCUCUGCCUAACCCUGCUUUCAUUACAAAACCUGAAAUCAGAUACCAAUAAUAAUUCUGAGACGUAUUGUGCAACCAUAAUUGUGUAACGUUACAGAUGCACUGGUAUGGGCCAAUAUGGAGUGAAUGAUGCAAUGGCGUUGGACUCGGUGGACAGCCCCUCACUCUGACAUCUCAGUUCGGCACACCCCUCCUGUUCAAGUUUUUAAGUAAAAUAUAAAAGACAAUAAACAUAUUUUAAAAUCAGUAGCUUUAGUACAAAAAGUUUUAAGUGUUUUUUGUUUUGUCCGAUGUUUGUACAGCUUUUCUUGAUAUGUAUUAUCUUGUUCGUUGCCAAACCUUGUGGCCUACAUAUUCCCUCAUAUUUGUAUCUCAUGCUAUAGGAUUAACAGCGCUGUAUGGUUUUGAUUGUAUCCAGUUCACAAACUUAAGUUCAAAUUGAGCGUAUUUCACAGAUUUGAUUCCUACAGCAGUGUUAUUUAAUCUGAUGUUCGUAUAUCAGUGCAGUGAUGGGUCUCUAUGGCUUGUUUGAAUGUGUCCAUAUCAUUUUUCGCUCAUUGUUAAACCAAUCACAGCCUGGUCGGAUUUGGCUGCGCGGCGGUCCCCCUGUAAAUAUCAGGAGACAGUUGAGUUGGCACCAAGUCGCUCCAAAAGCUCUAAAAGCCUGUUUUUGUUUAAGCCUAAAUUCUUUUUAAUAAAAUAAAAUCUGUAAUCAGUUUAUUGAAUAA